CUUCCUAAAAGAGAACUACAAGCUUCAAUUUAAUUACUCUCUUCCUUUCAUUUCGUUCAUCAAAUUUAUAGAUUCACUCUCAAUUUAACGACAUAAAAUCAAAAUGCAUACCAUUACUACUCCGUCAUCCGGCGUAAGUCUCAAAUCCUUAGUCCGGCAAACGUCGCCGCCGCCGGGUCAGAUCAACCGGUUCGUUCCGGUUCGACUCGUUGUCCAGUGCGGUUACCGAUUUGACUCGUCCAACACGAAUGCUAGUAUUGUGAAUACCAACGGUGCUCCGGCGAGCAAUAACUUCGCCGGCCAUGUCGGAGCGUCUCGAGCUGACUGGCAGAGUUCUUGCGCCAUUCUGGCUAGCAAGGUUGUUUCGCAGCAGCAGGAUACUGAGAAAAUAGGCGGAGCCGGUGAGAUCACUGUCGUGAACGGCCACAAAUCUCUGGAUCUCGUUCCUAUUGACAGCAACCUCCCCAAGCCGCUCACAAUUACUGACCUCUCUCCUGCGCCGAUGCACGGCUCGCAGCUUCGCGUGGCCUACCAAGGAGUACCUGGCGCGUAUAGUGAAGCUGCUGCCGGAAAGGCUUAUCCUAAAUGUGAAGCCAUACCUUGCGAUCAAUUUGAGGUUGCAUUUCAGGCCGUGGAACUCUGGAUCGCAGAUCGUGCAGUACUCCCUGUAGAGAAUUCUCUUGGAGGUUCAAUUCACCGAAACUACGAUCUCCUCCUCCGUCACCGUCUCCACAUAGUCGGCGAAGUCCAACUUCCCGUUCAUCACUGCCUCUUAGCUCUUCCAGGCGUUCGUAAAGAAUACCUAUCCAGAGUCAUCAGCCAUCCACAAGCCUUAGCCCAGUGUGAGCUGACUCUCACAAAACUCGGUUUAAACGUAGUGCGUGAAGCCGUCGACGAUACCGCCGGAGCUGCUGAGUACAUCGCCGCCAACAACCUCCGUGACACAGCCGCCAUAGCGUCCGCACGCGCUGCAGAAUUAUACGGUCUACAGAUCCUAUCGGAAGGUAUUCAGGACGAUUCAAGCAACGUAACUCGAUUCGUGAUGUUAGCGAGAGAACCAAUAAUUCCACGAACUGAUCGUCCAUUCAAGACGAGCAUAGUUUUCGCACACGACAAGGGAACGAGCGUGCUGUUCAAGGUGCUAUCAGCUUUCGCUUUUCGUAAUAUCAGCUUGACGAAGAUUGAGUCUCGGCCACAUCGUAACAGGCCGAUUCGGUUGGUGGAUGAUGCGAAUGUGGGAACGGCAAAGCAUUUUGAAUACAUGUUCUAUGUAGAUUUUGAAGCGUCAAUGGCGGACGUGAGGGCACAGAAUGCGUUGGCUGAAGUUCAGGAGUUCACAUCUUUCUUGAGGGUAUUGGGUAGCUAUCCUAUGGACAUGACCCCAUGGUGUCCUUCUAGGGAAGAGUAACAAUUCUUUUUCCUACUCAAAAAAUGACAUGUGAACAAAUAAUUAUUUUCUUUAAUUUGUAAUUAUAUUUUCCGAAUUAGGAAAAAUGUCAAGCAAUUUAAGUUUAAUUCCAUUCAAAUUUUCUCUCUCUA